CCACGCUGGGGUUAAUGCUGGACUCGCCGCUGCUCCCUGCGGUACCUCUGGGCUGCCCUCCCUAGCGCCCCCGCCCCAACAGUGGUAGGGCCCGCGGUGCUGGCUGGGGCUUCGCUGCGCUGGGUCGGGCUGAUGGAGCCACCUGCCGCUGCUGGUUUCAGGCUGAUCAAAGAAGAUACAGAAGGUGAUUAUGAGCAAGGUUCUAGUAUGAUCAGAGAAGAAGAAACAGAAGAUGUUGAACAAGGUUCCAAUCUCUUUGACGAAGAGGAAGAAUCUCAGACUGAAGAAGAUGGUGGACAGUUAGUGAAAUUGACUGAAGAUGACCUGAGUAAUAGGAUCAUACUCACAAGUGGCAUUCAGGAAUGGCCAGAUGGUUCCAGUUACAAAGGGGAAUUUGGGUUUGAUCUAAAGCUUGGUUAUGGAGAAUUCUCAUGGGUCAAUGGUGAGAGCUAUGUGGGGCAGUUUUACAAGGACCAUCGCCAUGGCAAAGGGAUGUAUUUUUGGCCCGACAGUUCCAAAUUUACCGGUUCAUUUUAUCUUAGCCAUAAAGAAGGAUAUGGGACCAUGGAAUUCAAGGAUGGCAGAAACUAUCAGGGACUAUACAAGGCUGAUGAGCGAUUUGGACCAGGAGUUCAGAGCUAUCCAGAUGGCUCUCAAGAUGUUGGCUUAUGGCUCAGGAAUCACAUAAUUAAACUGUGUACUGAAAUACCUGGACAUUUUUGUGUCUCGGAUUACCCAGAACACUACAACUAUUUUGAUGCUGAUUCCCAGAGAGAGUAUCUUUCUGAUGAGGAAAUUCCAUUUUGGGAUCUGAAUGAGGAACAGGACCCAUUUUUCUACAACUACAAACUUCUCCUUUUAGAUGACAGUUACACAUUGCCUGAAAAAAUGUACAUAUACUCAACUGAUACAGAUCACCUUCCCCUGACUCGCACCUUCCGUAAAGAGUUUGAUUCCCAAUAUUUUCAGAACAACAAAAAGUUGUAUGAUGAAGAACCAUGGCCUAUUAAAAACACAAGCCCUUUAAUGGUUAGAAUGCAGAAACACAUCUAUAAAUACAGGCACUGUCAAACAGAGAUCAGUUGGGAUAUCAACAUCAUUCUGAAUGGAAGCCGAGACACCUUUGGACCCAAGGGCCCCAAAGAGCUUGCUUCAGAGCAGCUGAUUCAGAAGGCAGCAGCAGGAGACUUCAAUAGCAUUUAUGAGAUUCUGAGGGACAGCUUAGCUCAUCCAGAUGUAGCUGACACGCAUGGAUACACUGCACUUGCUGCUGCUGCUGUGAAUUACCAAGACGACAUCAUUAAUCUUCUUCUUGAUAAUGGAGCUGAUGUGAAUAAAUGCAGUGAUGAAGGAUUAUCAGCCCUAUCCAUGUGCAUUAUUCUUUAUUACCCAGUAGAAUCAUUUAAGGCUAAUGUUGCUGAGAGGAACUUUAAAAAAGACGAGGAUGAGCAGUUGGAAGAUGAAUCUGCACCACUUCCACUGGCACCAACAAAACAGAAAUGCUUAACAGGCCCUGUUCGUCAGUCAGCCGUGGUACCUCCUAUGUCCGGGGAAAAGGCAGAAUCUGUUUCUGAUGAUAGAAAUGCAUUGGAUGAAAUGGACCGUGCAAGUUUAGAAAAGAGGACUGGCUGCAGCACUGAAACCAACUUUGAGUCGAACCGUACUGUUUUCAACUAUGGAAUCGAGGUUUCUCUAGAAGCUUUGCAGCAGAGUGCAGAUGCCUUCAGCCUGUGUUUGCCGAGAGUACCCUUCUAUGCCUGUGUCAAUGGAUAUGGUGGGGCUGAAGGCACUGUGAGAAAAAUGGUGUUAUCAAUAUCUGAACACCGAAAGAGAUGGACCACGGUCAAACUACUUCUCCACAGAGGUGCAGACCCCAAUGUUUGCCGGAUCCCUCUGCAUGUCCUGUUCUUUGCUGUUAAAGCUGCAGAUGUAGAAGCAGUGAAACUACUGUUAGCAGCAGGAGCAAAGACUGACAUACGACUUCCACCCAGGCUGGGAGGUUUAAUGCCUCUUCAUAUUGCUGUAGCCAUUCCUGGUGAAGAAGGGGUCAAGAUAACAGAAUUAAUCCUUCAUUCAGCUACAGAUCCUGAUGCAAGGGCAGGAGACGAAGAUGAUGUAUAUGCACCAGACUGGAAUGAGCCUGCCGAAUCACCAGUUAUUAUUGCCAUGAAACUUAAUAAUGAAACUGGACCUCCUAGCGAAUACUACUCAUCUUCUGGUAUUGUCCCAGAGGAAGGUGGGAGGACUCCUUUGCAUAUUGCCUGUGAGAGAGAGGAUAACCCCAAGCAUGUCAGAGAUGUUGUCCACCUCCUCUUAACUCAUAAGGCAAAUCCUAACACCUUGUGGAGUGGCCAUUCACCCCUUUCCCUGGCAAUUGCCAGUGGGAAUGACUUGGCAGUGACGGAACUCUUAGCGUAUGGAGCUGACCCCAAUCUUCCAUUAAGCAAUGGUAUAGGUAGUGCCCUUUGUGCUGCUGUCAACACUACAUAUGAACAGAAGAGGACCAUAGCAAACAGGAUUUUAUUGAUUGAUAAACUAAUUGAGGCUGGUGCAGAUAUGUUGAUGCCAAUUAUUCUUAGCCAAGGGAGGAGAACUGCAGUGGGAACUGUAGUAGACUAUGCAUAUUAUAAAUACUUUCAGGAUAAGAAGAUAGCACAUACUCCAUACCACGCAUUAUUGCCACCGGAACGGGAGAUUUUCAAUGCGCGCAGGGAGUUGCUAGAGUACAUUAGUGACCGGCUUCGUGAGUGUGUUAUCUUGAAAGAGAGAGAAUGGGAUAGAGAAGAACUUCGGAAAUCCAGGAAAUUAGAUGCAAGUCCUCGUGUUCCCUCAGCUAGAAGGAAACGUGUGGACAAGCGUGCUGCAGUAACGCUGCCACGGGAGGAAGUGAGGCAGCCCUUCUUUAAAUACUGCUACCAAUGUGGGCGGGCUAUAGGGAUUCGACUCACUCUUUGCACACGCUGUUACGAGAUCUUCACUUGCAGCAAGGCUUGUAAAGUCAAAGCCUGGAAUGAGCGUCACAGGCGUGAGUGCUUUGGAACUACAGGUGAUUCAUCAUUAAUGGACUCUGAUCAAGACAACCUACAAUCUGAGGUUGAAGGAAAGCAUCAACUUAAGACUAAGUUGGGCAUUUCAAGAGAGAGGCAGAGUCCUGUUGGCAGAAAGGGAAGCGAGGGAAGAGGCAGAAGAGAUGUCUUCAGGAAAGAUGACAAGAACCCAAGUCCAGGCAGACCACGUGCAGCGACCGAUGACAUGCGUCCAAAUCUUCCUUACACUGGGAAUUAUAGUUACAAUUAAUCCUACGGUAGACAAAAAUGAGCAUGUUGAAUAAGUUGACCUGGGAUCACGUGCCUUUAUCUAUCUAAUAAGUGCUAUAUCAACUAAGAAGUGAUAGGAUACUAAUGAUAUGCCUUUGAUGACAACUUAGCCCUCCAUAGUCAUUUUCCAGGGGCCUUCUCCAUUUUUAAUUUAAAAUACUGAUUAGUAUGGAUGCUCUACAGUUAGACAUGUAAAGAAAGAGCUGGAUGAUAAAAAUGACUAUUGUACGGGGUAAGACUGUGUAAGAGCUAUUCAUGCCACUGAAAUAGCAUCUGGAAUUUGACUUUAGUGCAUCUCUCAUCAACUCCAUGAAAAUUUCCACUCUCCUCGAGCUUGAAUUUCAACUUAAUUACACUGUGAUUGGUGUGGGGCAAGUUGGCUGUUACACUGAUUUAGUUAGUUAUUCAACUGACCAAACCUUCUGAAAAACAGAUUAUACUCCAAAAGUAUGAAAAAUGUCACACAACCUGAAAGCUCACCGUGUUCAGCAAGGAGAACUUUCUGUCUGAUCUGGCAUGCUCUUGCCUCCCACCCUCCCUCAGUUUCAUUUUAUUGGCAGCUGAGGACAUGCAACCACUCAUAGGAUGAGGAUUGGAGGGGUGAAAACUUUAGUGCCCACACCUGUUCAAGUCAAUGGGCAUUUUGCUGUCGACAGGAAUGGAAGCAGGAUUAGGGGAUGUUUGCUCAUAUAGUGGACAGAGGUCACCACGUGGAAAAGGAGGCAUGUUCUGGUUUAGGUGUCUAAUUUUAGCGAUGCUGAGCACCUACAACGCCUAUUGGAUCCAGUUGGGGAGGUAGCUACAGGUACUCAGCACCUCCGAAAAGUAGGCCCUGUUUAUGUGCCUGUCUGUAGUGUCAUGUCUGAGAAUUUUGGCCAGAGUACAUAAGGACCAGAAUAUCGUUCCUCACCCCUGGUGACUUAGGGAUGGCAUGGAUAUAACUGAGAACAGAUACUGACCCUUGGAUUGUAUAUAGUUUGAGCAUGCUAGUUUCCCAAUGUUUGGCCUACCAAUAGCUCAUUUGCAAAUGUGGGGUGUGUUCAUAAAAGCUACAAAAUUGGAUACAAAAAUUGUUUUCCUAUUUCUUUGCUAGGGGCAGUUAUUUUAAAUAGUAAUACAGAGAGGAUUUACAGGAGAUAUAUUUCUGAGAUGAGUGAAUUGUAGUUUGUAUAAAUACUGUUCCUUGUAGAGUAACCAUGGAUAAAUAUGUAUUAAGUUUUACAGAAUAUAGAUAUCAGCUGUUUAGAGCUGUGUAUAUAAAAUACAAUCUAAACUCCUGUAACUGAAAGAUUUUAGUAAAUACCAAGUAAACUG